AUGACGUACAUUACAGAAGUGUCCCACCGAUGUGUCCCCUCAGUGUCUUUACCAGCCGUUGACCAAAAAUAUGGUGCUGUGGCAAAUGCUGAUGAUGACAUCAGCAGCCUUCCAGAUUAUUCACAGGAUCAAUACGAGCAUGUGAUGCGCAUUUUCGGGGGUCUGAAACCAGAGAUGGUGCAGGGACAGCUGGCAGAUGCACUUCCUGUCCGUAAGCAGCAGGUGUCCCUCCUGAGCUUCCUACAAUGGAGACAGACUUACAAGGAAGGCGGCCUCUACUCUGUCUUGAUCCAGCAAUCAGAGAACCCCAACAAUCCCAUUUGCGUUCACACCGUGGAAGAAAAUCCAAGAAACGCAUAUUUACCACUUGUGGUGGCAGCUCUGCUGCUGGCCCUAAUUGCCCUCUUGUGUGUUGUGGCACCCUACAUCUACAGGAGGCGUUGUACGGCAAAGUUGGUCAAGACUGUUUGCUGCAAAGGCCCACGGUACUCAGUGGAUGGCGGAGCGUGCGCUGGCGAAGCCGAGGCUGGCGAUGUGAAACCUAAACAGACACGUCUGCGCUCCUUGGACACUUUCCGUGGAUUUGCCCUGACGUUGAUGGUUUUUGUGAACUAUGGUGGAGGGGGCUACUGGUUCUUUCAACAUGCACCGUGGAAUGGUCUUACUGUUGCAGAUCUGGUCAUGCCUUGGUUUGUGUUCAUAAUUGGGACGUCAGUGGCGUUGGCGUUCAGGUCCAUGCAGAAGAGAGGGGUUGGCCGUGUACAGCUGUUGAGGAAACUCACCUGGAGAACAGUGGUCCUCAUCAUGCUCGGAUUCUGUUUCAUCAACUACUCUCCAAGAGAUGGCCCUUUGUCCUGGUCCUGGCUGAGGAUCCCCGGUGUUCUGCAGCGGCUGGGUUUCACCUACUUUGUGCUGUCUCUGAUGCAGACUGUCUGGGGCCAGAGAGAAAUCCCACUGAGAAGGCCUCUCCGGUGGAGCCCGGUCCAGGAUGUGGUCCUUUAUUGGCCAGAGUGGCUGUUUAUUGCUGUGUUGGAGACAAUAUGGCUGUGUAUCACCUUUCUCAUGCCUGUACCCAACUGCCCCACAGGUUAUUUGGGGGCUGGUGGAAUUGGUGAUAAUGGUCUAUAUCCUAACUGCACUGGGGGCGCAGCGGGAUACAUUGACAGGUGGAUGUUUGGUGACAACAUGUACAGAUAUCCCACAUGCAGGGAAAUGUAUCAUACAACACAGCCCUUCGACCCAGAGGGGCUUCUGGGUACAAUCAACUCCAUUGUCAUGGGAUUCAUAGGGAUGCAGGCGGGCAAAAUAAUCAUUUUCUACAAGGGAGAGAACGCCCGCAUCCUUUCCCGAUUCCUGGUCUGGGCCAUCAUCCUGGGAAUCUCUGCAGCCAUCCUUUCUAAGUGCACGCGAGACGAAGGAUUUAUACCUGUCAAUAAAAACCUUUGGUCUCUGUCCUAUGUGAUAUGCAUGGGCUGUUUCUCCUUCCUGCUGCUGGGGGGCAUGUACUUUGUCAUGGAUAUCAAGGGCUGGUGGAGUGGACAGCCAUUCAUAUACCCAGGGAUGAACUCUAUCUUUGUGUACGUGGGCCAUUCCCUCCUGGGUUUCUACUUUCCAUUCAGCUGGGAGAUACGCUCCAAUGAGAGCCAUUGGGAGGUGCUGUUCCAGGGCCUGUGGGGAACCGCUCUCUGGGUCCUUAUUGCCUUCCUGCUGUACAGGAAGAAAUUCUUCCUCAAAAUCUAAUUCCUAGUCGUCUUCUGCCCCCCCCCCAUUCUCUACAUGUUAUUAUUUUCAUUUUAUCUAACAUUAAUUUAAAGCUGAAAUCCGGGAUUUCCGAACUACAAGCAAGGUGCAGCAGCCACUGUGGCUCAUGUGCCAUCAGCUCAGCAGUAAACAGUUCCCACCCUCAUAAAAAUGCAAUCUUCAGACCAAAGCUAGCACAGACAAUCUAAUGUAUUACAGGCUAAUUCAAACUAUAUGGGAACACUGUUGUAUUGUAACAUGGAUUGUAGAAUUGGUAUAUUAGCUGCCCAGCAGAAGCAUCACCACAUCGUCAACACA